CCACCCCCCCAUACGCUAUUUAUUAAUGGCGUUCUCUUGGGCUUUAAGUAAACAAUGGACGACGUGAAAUCGAAGGAAGGGAACGCACAGUGGUAAAGAGGAAGAACUAAAGAAGGGUUCCUGGUUUCUGGAGUUUCUGCUUUCGAUUUCACUCAAAUGCUCUACACCCAAAAUCCGAACCAGAGACAAACAUACAAGGAUCCCAAUAUGGUGGAGAUGGUAACUCGGUACCACAUCCAUGAUCUCUCGCCCAACCAGUGUAGCUCCAGCCUCGUUCAAACCAUCGACGCGCCUCUGCCUCUUGUGUGGUCCGUGGUUCGUCGCUUCGACAACCCACAAGCCUACAAGCGGUUCGUGAGGAGUUGCUCUUUGCUGUAUGGCGAUGGUGGCAUCGGUAGCCUGCGGGAGGUGCAGGUGGUGUCGGGCCUCCCGGCAGGGACCAGCAUGGAGCGGCUGGAUGCGCUGGAUGAUGAGUCGCAUGUCAUGGGUUUUAGCAUUGUGGGUGGCGACCAUCGGCUCAGCAAUUAUCGGUCGAUCAUGAGUCUUCACGAUAACGGAGAAGGUGGUGGUGGGAAGACGGUGGUGGUGGAGUCUUAUGUGGUUGAUGUGCCGCCGGGGAGUACCAAGGAGGAUACUUGCUUGUUCGCCGAUACGAUUGUAAAGUGCAACCACAGGUCGUUGGCUAGGAUUGCAGAGAAAAUGGCUUCACCAUAGAUGUGUAAUUUGUUGUAUAAUAUGAACAUGGAUAUAGAUUACUGACUAACACUAGUAGGCUUUAGUGUUUGGUUUGAUCGUAUGAGAUUGUUAACUUAGAAAGUUAGAAUCUUUUCCACUUGUAUUUCUGUUGAGCAUCGUCUCCUAUUUCCUCCUUGUAAAGAAGGCAAAUAUUAAUGAAUUACCUGAGUUUCUGAGACUAGAAAGA